AUGGUAGGUGCAUAUUUCCCGCAACUAGAGGUAACGUAUGCCAAUCCACUGGACAAGAUCAAAGCGAGGCGAAGACGCCCAAAGACGAUCGAACCGGGAGAGGGUUUGAUGCCGGAGAUCUGCGUGUUGGGCGAUGCGAGGAGCCUGGCCAAGGCGCCGAGCGGGAGCGGGCUGCGGGUGCUGUGGCGGCGGUCUAAGUAUACUGUCUUCUGGGAUUCAAACAUUUUUCAGCAUCACGGGCGCCUGAAGGACCGUCUGGCUCUCCCAAUGGAGAAUGCAGCAGAGCCCGAUUUUGCCUGCCACGAAAGCCUGUAA